UAGUAUAGUAGUGCGUGCUGCUUGUGCUAAAAGUUGUCAUAUUUGUCUUUAGAAUUCGGAACAUUUUAUUAUUUUCACCAGAGUGUCCGCUCCAAGUCCUGACAGCUUCUCUCACCUGUUGGUCGCUUUUCACUCAUGGCCACGCGCGUUCGACCGAGUAAUAAACGUUGUGCAGUGGUCGGGGGGGCCGGUUUCCUGGGCAGACACCUGGUGGAGAAGUUGCUGGACCGAGGCUACUCCGUCUCCGUGUUUGACAUCCGUCAGAGCUACGAGCUGCCCGGUGUCACCUUCCACCAUGGAGACCUCUGCGACAAGCAGGCUCUGCUGCCAGCUCUGAAGGACGUGUCCCUGGUCUUCCACUGUGCCUCCCCUUCCCCUGCCAGUGAUGACCGCGGGCUGUUUGAGAGAGUCAACAUUCAGGGCACACGCACCGUCAUCCGGGCCUGCAUCGAGGCUGGAGUACAGAAACUGGUCCUGACGAGCAGUGCCAGCGUGGUGUUUGAAGGGACAGACAUCAAGAAUGGGAGAGAGGAUCUGCCAUACGCCAAGAAGCCCAUCGACUAUUACACAGAAACCAAGAUUGAGCAGGAAAAGUUGGUCCUUGAGGCGUGUGACAAGGAGAAGGGCUUCCUCACAGUUGCCAUCCGGCCUCAUGGCAUCUUUGGCCCUCGGGACCCACAGCUGGUUCCUAUCCUAGUGGACACAGCUCGCAGGGGCAAGAUGAAGUUCAUCAUUGGGGAUGGAACCAAUCUGGUGGAUUUCACCUUUGUAGAGAAUGUAGUUCAUGGCCACAUCCUGGCUGCUGAGCGCCUGAGGCCAGACUCCCCCGCAUGUGGGAAACCGUACCACAUCACCAAUGAUGAGCCAGUUAGAUUCUGGGACUUCAUGUCUGAGGUGUUGGUGGGUCUUGGAUACGCUGCUCCCCGCUACCACCUCCCCUACGCUCUUGUGUACGGACUGGCCCUGCUCCUCUGGCUCCUGGCCCUGAUCCUGCGCCCUCUAGUGUCCUUUAAGCCCACCUUUACGCCAAUGAGAGUGGCCCUGGCUGGAACCCAUCACUACUACAGCUGUGACCGUGCCAAGCAGGAGCUGGGCUACAAGCCGGUAGUCAGCCUGAAGGAGGGGAUAGCGCGUACAGUGCAGAGCUACCCUCACCUCAGAAAGGGGGCUUGAUGAUAGAAUGGAUGUGGAGACUCAUUAUGGUCAUCAGGUCACACUGAAUGGACAAUUCAAAAUGAGGGAACAGACAGUUGAUCUUAGCAUUUCUGUGCCUUUUCAAUUUUUAUGUACAAUUUCCACCAGCAGAUGGCAGCAGAUGACCCUGGCUUUGGUCAGCAGGCUGCAUUCUUACAUAAGGCACUUAGAAAAAUGUUAAAAGCACCGAUUAUGACUGACUGACUGAAAUACACUGAUCUUCAACUGUGUAAACUGCAAACACGUACGAAUGUUCUUGUUCCAUUACAUGUGUCUCACCUGUGUGCUGUACAAACAUUGAGAUGCUGCUGUUGAUGUCAA